AUGUUAUCAUUUGCCAAAAAAACAGACCCAGUUGCACAUAUUCUAAUGAAAUUAUCACCAAAGUUAAGAUUAUCUAUUAUAAUUUGUGGAGCAGUAUUAAUUCAUUUAUCACUUGGAACAUAUCAUACAUUUGGAAAUAUGUUACCAUAUAUGGCAUCAUAUAUGAAAAAUUAUACAAAUCCAAGUAUAAAAAUUGAGCAUAUGAUAUGGAUUCCAACAUUUCAGGGAUGUUUUCCAUUUGCAAUGAUUAUUGGUGGAUAUCUUUCAUUAUACUUAACACCUAGAAUAGCAAUUGGUAUUGGAUGUUUUAUUAUGUCUUUAGGAGUUUUUUUAUCUUCUUAUACCAUUUCAUAUUCAUUUAAUGCUUUUUUCAUAACGUAUGGUAUUAUGUUUGGAUUGGGGCAGGGAAUAGCAUAUGUAACAACAGUGGCAGUUGCAAUAAAUUGGGCACCAAAUAAUGUUGGUCUUGUUUCUGGUAUUGUUGCUGGAGGUUUUGGUAUAAGUUCUAGUAUUUUUGCCCCAAUUCAAACAGAAUUAAUAAAUCCUAAAAAUUUAGAAACAUCAAAAAAUGGAUAUUUUACACAACAAGAAUUAUUACAAAAUGUACCAAAUGUAUUUUUUAAAUUAAGUAUUGCAUAUAUAAUUAUGCAAUGUAUAGGAUUAAUUGUUAUGUGUAAUCCACCUGUCAAUUCAGAAGAGUUAAAUGAAAAACAAUUAAAUGAUCCACCUAUAUUUAUUAAAUUGUAUGACAAAAUUACAAUUGAAAAUAUUCCCUAUUUUAGAGAUAUUCAAAAGUUUUUUAUUAAUAAUAUAUUAUAUUGUUUUUCAAUAGAAAGACAAAGAUUUUAUAUCCCAAAUUAUUAUGAUGAUCGAUAUAAUAAUAUAAUGUAUACAUAUCUUAAUGAUUCUAAUAAUAAUUUGGAUGCUGAAACAUAUGAUAACAUAGAAAGGGAAAAUGAUGAAAUAUUAAAUCAAAAUGAAACAGAAACAUCUUCAACAAGUUCUUUAUCAAUAUCUAGUUAUGAAGAAUCAAAAAAUGAUGAUUCAUCAAUGAUCCCAUCAAAAGUUUUAAAAAGUUCAACAUUUUACCUAUUAUUUAUGGCAUUAUUUUGUUGCUCAUUUUAUGGAAAUUUUUACUAUAAUUUUUAUAAAACAUUUGGUGAAACUUUUAUAUCAAAUGACAAAUUUUUUGCCUAUGCAUUUUCAGUUGGUUCAAUUGCUAAUGCCAUUGCUAGAAUUGGAUGGGGAUUACUUACUGAUAUGACAAGUUUUCAGGUAACAAUGUCAAUUGCAAGUUUUUUAUCUGGUGGAUUAUUAUUAACAAUGCCAUUAACUAAAUUAUUUGGACAGUACAUCUACUUUUUAUGGUUAAUAUUAAUGUUUAUCUGCCUAGCAGCAACACAUGCAUUAUUUAUUACUGCAAUUGUCAAAUGUUUUGGACCAAAAUAUAAAGCAACAAAUUAUGGAUUCUUAAUUUUAUCAACAACAUUGUCAGGAAUUUUAUUAUCCCUGACAAGUCAAUAUUUCUUGGCUGAUUUAGGAUAUACAUGGAUAUUUAUAUUUGUAUCACUAUUUCCAUUUACUACAUUUAUCUUAACAUUACUUGUUCAAUUAACUCCUCAAGGAAAAAAAAUUAUCUAG